AUACGGAAUAUUUCGUCUGCUUCAAUGGAAACAGCAUGACAGAUUCGCAUUUUGAGUUUUUACAUUCUAAUUUGAAUUUCUUUGACGCGAAUUCAUUCAACAUUAUUAUGCUGAUUUCGAUACGUUAUUAAUUUAUAAAAAAAGUAAAUAAACCCAUUGAAAAUGAAUUUUUCAUCGUUCAAAAUACCAGUGGUCUAUUUCAUUUUGCUGUCGAUCUCGUUGUUUGUUUUUUUGCUCUACAUCGUCGGUGCAGCGAAAUAUCUUACGGAUCAUGAAGAAAAUACUUGUGAUAUGACUUAUAUGUUUGAAUAUCCUCAAUAUGUGCGGAUAGGUCUGAGUUCAAAACAAGAUGAUUCGCCGGAAGAUUUGCAUUUUCCAAGGUAUCGACUUUUUGCCUAUGGCGAGGGUUUCGUAACAGAACGUCUUAGACGUAUGCACUUUAAUGGAAUACCCGUUCUGUUUAUACCAGGAAACGCUGGCUCUCAUGAGCAAGUGCGAUCACUGGCGUCAAUUAGUUUGCGAAAAAGUUUGAAAAGUCGCUCACCUUUUCAUUUUGACUACUUUACAGUGUCAUUUGGAAAAGAAUAUUCAGCACUAUACGGUGGAGUAUUAGAAGAAGAAACUGUUUUUGUUGCCAAAUGUAUCAAAAGAAUUCUUGCCUUGUAUCAGGGUAAACCAAAUAAUAUUAUUUUAAUAGGCCAUUCCAUGGGAGGAAUUAUAGCCAAAGGAGUUUUGUUGACAGUGCCUGAAAUAAGUAGCAAUGUAGCAAGUAUUUUGAUAAUGCUUGCAACGCCAAAUAAACCAUCUUUAUAUCCAGAUUUAACUUUUCUCAACUAUUACCAAUCGAUAAUAAGUAACAUAAAAGAUUUGAAGAAUAAUGGAACAACAGUUAUUUCUAUUGGAGGCGGACCGAGAGACAUACUUGUACCAUCUUCUCAAACAAUUGAUGAACAUGCAGAUAUAAAUGCUCUUACCACAAGUAUUCCUGGUGUUUGGAGAUCCACUGAUCAUUUAUGUAUUUUAUGGUGUAAACAAUUAAUACUUAAUAUUGUAAGAUCUCUUUUUGAUUGUGUUGAUACAUCACAGAAACCUCCAGCCAUUACUGACAAUAUUGAGACUAGAUUAAAAGCAUUCAAUUGGCACUUUGUACAGCGAGGAACUAAAGAAAAACAUUGGCCCAGAACAAAUUAUGCAGAAAAAGUUGAAUUAUCAAAUGAAAAUGGUGAGUGGAUUGAAAAACUUCAAAGGCAAUAUGUUUGGAGCAGUAAAGAUUAUUUGAAAAGUGCAUCAAAAAAAUCAGCAGUAAUUUAUCUAAUGAUGAGACUAGAUACACCGGUUGAUACUCUAUCAGUAAACGCAAUUAAUUUGAGAUCCAAAGAUUGGAUUUUUGCUUGUUCUGCAUCAGAAUCUCGAGGAUGCACAAAAGCAUGGAAUUUAUCAAAUCAUACUAGAGUAGUACCUGGAUUAACUAGAAAGCCUUGGAAGUUUUCAGUUGAUUUAGAUUUAAAUCUAGUCCGAAAUUUGGACGUUUCUCAUGUAAUUAUAAAAAUACCUAUGCAAGCUCAACGCCGAAACGACGAUGACGAUGAUGAUGACGAUGAUGACGAUGAUGAUAACAAGAUAAUUGAAGUUGAUGCUUAUCAGCGAUCGUCCAGGCUUAAACGACUAACAAACCUUAAACCUUGGUCAUCUGAACGUGGACAUUUAAGAUACAAUAUUUUAUUAGACGGUGUAACAGAUGUGAUUAAUGUCGAAAUGAAAAACUCAAAUUGUUCAGAAAGUAAAAUGGAACGUUAUUCAAUGUUAGAACUAAUGGAACCAUGGAUUCAAAAUGCUGGUCAAACAUUAUUUUUUGGUGAAAACGAUAAUUCUCCAAGGACCAUGAAACUACAAACAUUACAUUCUCAGCGUUUGAGGAUUAUGAAUUCAAAAAAUGCAGAGAUUAAAUUAUCUUUGGAUCCUGCAUGCACAUAUGAUAUUUACAUACAAAGAGCCAAUAUUAUUGAGAGAAUAGCUUGUUUAGUGCGAGAUCGGUGGACAUUCAUUUAUCCAAUUACCAUUGGUUUGCUUUUACUAAGUUUAGGUCAAAGAAUUGAUUACUAUAAUGAAGACAAGACAAGCAUGGCUGCAAUAAUUAUUAUCACCAUGAUUCUUUGUUCAAGUUUGAAUUUGAUCAUCGAGUGUUGCGUUGGAAUAGCUAUUCUUCAUUCUAUGGCAGUUGGAGUUUGUUGCUGUGUAGUAUUUUUUGGAUCAGUAGCACAUAACAUUGCAGUCAGAUUUUUAGCAAGAGCCAUAACUUUUUCUACAACUUGGUCAGAAUGGUUACUUGGUGGACUAGUCAAUCAGUUACAAAUUGUUACUGCUGGUAUAUUAUUGUCAAUGAUACCAGCAACUUGUGGAGCUUUAGCUAUGAUCCUCUCAAUAUUUUUACAAUUUUUAAAAUUGACUCGAAUGUAUGAGGAUUAUUUGGAAGGAUUAUUAUUUGUAGCUCUUAGAUAUUUCAAUUUAUUAAAAAAAAAGGAUGAUGAUGAAACCACUGAUUCAAUAAGGCAAAAUGUCAUUAAUCAAGUAUUGCUGUUUCUUUUUUGGUGUUUUGCUGCUAUACCUGCAAUUCCAUCAGUACUCGUGUGGGCCAAAAACUUUGUUUUUAGUACUAGGUUGAAUACAGAGGACCCAAUCUUUUUAUACAGUUGGAUUGUUAUGAUUGCAUGUGGCAUAUCUGGAUUGGUAAAAAUACCUACUUCAGUCAAUUCUUACAAAACUAAGUCAUUAGCAACGUUAUUACGUUGUUUAGGUUGGAUAGCAAUUGCUAUCUCAUCUACCCCUAACGCAGCCAAUUAUUAUUGGUGUUUCCCACCAUGUCUUGCAGCCGUAACGGUAUUAAUUUCAAUUAAUUUUCUUUGAAAACAGUUUUACCAUAGGUAAUUGUACCAUAGGGACUAAGUCAAGUUUCUUACAGAACAAUUUUUAUUCCUGUAAAAAGCUCAAAAUGCGUUAAUUUUCACGAUAUAAGAUAUACAAUAAUUUUUGUAAUAAAUUUACAUGUUAAAUACAAAUUAUCAAACAGAA